CCCGGACGUUUCAUGCGGUUACACAGCACGUCCUUGACUUCCUACGAGAGGUGAUAGCCGAUAAACUAAGCUAGUCGGGAGGUCACUUAUACUUCUGUAUAAAAGGGGGGAAUUGUCAUCAUGUGGUUCUUACCGGAGGAGGCGAAGGCUCUCCCUCCCCCGUCAGUCUUCAACAGGAACUCGAUGUGGCUGGCGCUUACAGGCGGACUUGCUUCGAUGUUCCAUAAUGCCAUCAACCACAAGCCGCCUCUGAAAUCAGGUGUUCACCGACUUGUCCUAUUGUCAUCAAUUGGUUGGUACAUCGGCUACCAUGUCACAAAAAGAGAAAUCUACCAUUAUGCCAAAAUUGAUCGAGAUAUGAAAGAGUAUAUUGGGCUGCACCCAGAGGAUUUUGUUGCAAAGGAAAAAAAGACCUUUGCGGAGAUUGUCGAGCCUUUCAUUCCCAUUCGCUAAUUGGCGUCUGAUGAUAUGGAAGGGGAAGGGAGAGAGAAAACACUUGCAGACUAUCAUCUGUCUUCUGUGGUCUUUUUGUGAAUUCUUUCUGUCAAUUAUUGUACAAAACAUUAUGUAAUAAAAGAAAUACCCACGUUUAA